AUGGUAAGUAGAUUCUUGCAAAGGCCAAGGGUAUCACAUCUAGCAGCGGCGAAGAGGAUACUAAGGUAUCUAAAAGGAAAUCUCAACUAUGGUAUUUUGUUUCCUAUUGCUGAUAAAGGAAAAGAAUUCAAGUUAGUAGGAUACACUAAUUCGAGUUGGUGUAGUGUUGCUGAGGAUCGAAAAUCCACAACAGGAUAUGUGUUCAUGCUAGGUGGUGCACCAGUUGCUUGGAGUUUGAGAAAGGAACCAGUAAUGGCAUUAUCAUCACGCGGAACAGAGUACAUAGAUGAUUCUCUUUGUGCAUGUCAAGCAACAUGGAUGGUGAAGUUGUUCGAAGAAAUAACAGAUAAAUAUCAUGGAGCAAUUACCAUAAAGAUCGACAGUAUGUUAGCUAUCAACCUGGCGAAGAACCCGAUAUCUCAUGGUCGAAGCAAGCACAUCGAAAUAAGGUUCCAUUAUCUUCGAGAGAAUGUAGCAGAUGGGAAGAUGAAUUUGGAACACUAUAGAACUGAAAAUCAGAUUGCAGACAUCAUGACGAAGGGAGUGCAUGUCGAAAUAUUCAGAAGACUAAUACUUAUGAUGAAUAUAGAUAGCUUAGACAUAAUGAAUUAG